AUCAGGAUUAAAAAUGAUCACCACACCGCUGGAGUCCUUCAUCAGUGCAGGCCAGCAUGAUUCAAAUCUGUAUGAAGAGAACAGAUUGUCUAUCUGCAUCUGGAUAUUUGGCACUGAAAAGGACACCAGUUAUUGAAAUAGUAAGAGGUAUGUCUCCAGAGGAUGAACUCCAAAGUCCCCCACUUGGUUUCAGCUCUGCCAGGGAGGAUGUCUCUCUGAGCUGUGGUGAUCUGGCUAGGUCUCACGAGCUGGGGAGAAGGAGCAGAGCACGCAGCGUUCUUCACACAAGUACCCCAGAGGCUGACAUCAAUUGUCAUGGAGACUUUGCUGAUGGAAAAAGCCCUUUCUUGAAAAUACUGAUGGAUGCAGAAGCAGCUGCAAACUCUGCUGCCGUACAACUGGUGUCUUUUAAAGAUGCCAUGGAAGAUGAAUUUGCUGAUUCAAGACAGUCUGCCAGUGAUAAGCGCCGAAUUGCAAGGCAGAGAGGACUUUUGCUGGAGAAGUUGGAGGAUUUUAGACGAAUAAAUAAGUCUGUUCGUCAGAAGCUGAAACAGCUCCAAGAUUCAGAGACUGAUCAAAUUGAUGCCGUCCACCAAAUAGACAUUUUAUUGAAGAAGAUCACACAGGCUGAGGGUGAAAAUGAGCAUUUAAAAAGAGAUUUGAGUGAGACAGAAAGAAGAGUCGAGGAACUGAUGGAUCUGCGGAAAGAAGAGCAGGAGAACAUAAAGAGUGCUGUUCACAUGACCAAGUCUGUGGAGGCGACUCGUGCUCACCUGCAGGCGCAGCUGCUCAACAAAGAGGCCGAAAACAAUCGUCUAACUGUACAGCUACGGACUUUGGAGAGAACCCUGACCGAGCAAAAGAUGGAAAUUGAUGAUCUGAAAGGCUCCAUCACCUCUCUGACGGAGAAGGCAGCACAGGACAAAGAAGCUCUCAAGAAAGCCACCCGAGCACAGAAACUAAGAGCUGAGAGGUUUGAAGCUGCUAUUGAGAAAUGCUAUGCGCAAAUGAAAGAAAAGGAUGCUCAGCUGGCCAGCGCCCGUUUAGAAAGAGACUCCAGGAGACAGCAAAAGGAGCAGAUGAUGGAUGCGAAUGACAAACUUGUCGCUCAUAUAGAAUUGUUGAAAAGCCAAAUUGCAGACUUGACAGCGAGGCUGCAGAAGGAGAAGGACGAGCUCACUGCAGCUAAUGAAACUGUGAUGCAACGUGUUGAAAAACUCAGUGCUGAAAAUGGAGACCUCAGCCUCAAUAAUGCAACACUCAAGGCAUCUGUUGCUCAGUUGGAGCAGCAGCUGGCUGAUUGUGAGUCUGACCUAGUAGAAGAGAAGAUUGUGUCUCAGGAGAGGAAACACGAAGCCGUACAGUGCCAAUACCAGGUUGCAGAGCUUCAAGCUGAGAUAGAUGAUCUGAAGAUGAAAUAUGCAAAUCUUUUAAGAGAAACAGAGAAGACACGAGAUGGAAAAGAUACAGAAGUUGAGAAGGUGAGGCAGGAGCUGCAGGGGCGUGUGGAGGAACUGAAGCCUUACCCCGAGUUACUGAGUGCAGCUGAGCAGAGUCUCUUCGAGUGCCAGGAGAACCUGCGACGCUCGGAGAGGAAGUGCUCAGAAAAGUCAGAGUCCAUUAGGCAACUGCAGGUUAAGAUAGAGAGUCAAACAAAAUUGCUGAAAUCAUCUGUGGAGAUGAAAGAGUCCACGCAUGAGGCCAAUUUACAACUACAAGAGAAAGUGCAGUCGCUUCAAAAGCAGAUGGACACACUGCAGCAGGAGAACCUGGACCUGGUACGGAGGCUUGCAGCUCAGGAGGAAGCUCUCAGCUACAGUAACCGGCAGCUGGAUCAACGCUCAUCAGAGUCCCAGGCCCUCAGCCGGCAGCUGGAGGCAGCGUUAUCAGACGUCAAACAACAGGUCAACAAGGUAAAAGACCAGGCUGUUUCCAGACAAGAGGCCCUUCAGACCAAAAUCCUGGAGCUGGAAGCCGAGAAGAGCAGAAGGGAUAAUGAGCUGAGGCUUCUUCGCCAGAGCAAGCUCACUGCAGAGAAACAUUUCGAUGCGCGUCUGAAGGACCUGCAGCUCAGCUUGGACCAGUCAGAGAGCCACAAACAAAGCAUUCAGAACUACGUUGAUUUUCUCAAAAACUCUUAUAAAACAAUGUUUGAUGAGGGACUGCAAGCAUCAAGUUUUGGAUCAUCAUAUUUUCUAAAAUGAUUAAGGAUUCAUCUGUUUGCAUUUAAAACAAAAUUGUUUUAUGUGUACUGUAGUAUUUAUGGUUUAUUUAAAAAUGACAAAAUAAUAUCACAUUUUUAGAGUGAAAGGAAUUUUUUUUAAUAUAGUUUUAGGCUAUAUAUAGAUAGCUACUUCUACAUUUAGCUGACAAUCUGGGACUUUUUUUUGUUGUGAGAGGUUUUGAUACCUGUUUUUAGCUCAUGUCCCAAGAGAUGUUACAUAAUAUUUUCACAUGUGUAUGCAAAUUGUGGACUGUGAACUCUUGGUGCUAGUGUGUCUUAUUCCUAUUCGACAAGGAGCCAGUUGCAUACAUUCAGUUUUAGAUUAGUCUGAACUUUCGACAUCUGGUAGAUUGUUGAUUAAUUCUUAUGUUGCAUAAACAUUACUGAUUGACUAAUUCAGAGUUACUUAAAGUAACCACAUGCCCCCCCUUUUAAGUUUGAGUAAAGAUCCACUUUUUAUAGCAGUAUGAGUUGGUAACAGACGUGUUACCUUAGUCCUCUGUUUAAAACCUUAAACAAUUUGGCAAAUUUUUGGUUUAUUGUCAGAGUUGUGUUGAAAAUGUAUUGCCAACUAUUCCAAAUAUUGAUUAAUUAUUUGAGUCAUAAAAGGAAAUGUAGAGUUUAUCUGCUUUUUAUCACUUUAAAUUGAAUACCUUUGGGUUUUGGACUUCCUCUAUUUUCUGAUAUCUCAUAGACUAAAAUGAACAAAAACAAAAGGGGUUUCCAGAUGGAGGAAAGCAGUGUGCCACUAGGUGGAACUGACUUGUUAGUCAUCUUUUUGCUUUUGUCAAGUGUCUCGUUUUACCCACAGUCCGCUGUGCGCUUGGUUGUAAUUCUUACCUUAGUCACUACUAUAUGAGUUCUAUGUAACAUAGUAAAAAUGUGUAAGACUAGGUCUACUUUUUAUGCAACUGGCUCCAGCUUGUUUUUUUGCCAUAUAUUUUGAAGUGGCAUGUAUACCUAUUAUGAAAGCAAUUUUUAACCAAUACAAGUAGUGCUUGAAAACCAAAUACCAUGUGGGUGCAUACGUCCACCCCUGCCCCCUGUUAACCAGGGGUGGAAGAGACCACAUUUUCCAUGGUGCUUAAUUUAAACAUGAACAUGAACUUUGCUCUCGCUUUAAUCAUAAUUAUUUUAAUGUGACUCACGCAUCUAUCCUGCUGAUGCUGAAAACACUCUUGUGUCUGUUUUUGUGGUGAUUAUAGAAAAUGUGUGAUGCAUAUUGAAUGUGUUUCUUGAUUCUCAGCUGGACUGAGAUGAGUGAAAUCAAUUGUUCCGCUGUCAGUUAUGAAGCUCAUGCCUUUGGGGUUGCAAACAGGAUUACUGAAGUGAUGCUGAUACAUGCGCCACUGGGAUGUUUCCAAACCACUUUAAACUCUUGCUCAGUUGCACUCAUGCUUUUGCAAUGGAAGGUUUUUAUAUUACUGAGGGGUAGACGCAAACACGAGAACACAGGUAUCUGCUACAGCAUGAUUUACCCAAAAACUGAACUAUGUUCAUCUUGUACUGUACUUCGAUCUUCAUGUUCUGCUGCAGUUGCUUGUGGUCUCAUACUGUAGCUUUGGUAAUAAACUACCAUGGGUCCAGACCUGCGUA